AUGCAUCUCUCGCUCUCUCUGAAUCUGUCUCUCAGGAAGGGGUUGAGUGAGAAAGAGGUGACAUCUGAGGACAGAGAGCAUGCCAAGCGCGUUGUGUACUCUGUUGUUUAUGGAGCAGGCCGCAAGCGUCUGUCGGGUAUCUUGGGGGUUAGCAGUGAGCAGGCCAGCCAAUUCCAGGAUCGCUUCCUCCAGACCUACAGAGACGUCCAGGGCUUCAUCCAGAGAACCAUCCAGCAGAGCCACAAACAAGGUUAUGUGCUGUCUAUUAUGGGUCGCAGACGGAACCUCCCCAAUAUCAACUCCCCAGACUGGGCCAUCCGCAUGCAAGCUGAGAGGCAAGCUGUCAACUUUGUGGUCCAGGGUUCUGCUGCGGAUCUCUGUAAGAUGGCCAUGAUCAGAAUCUUUAACCUGGUCUCCUCCUCCAGCUCGCUGUCUGCCAGGCUUAUAGCUCAGCUCCAUGAUGAGCUUCUGUAUGAAGUGGAGGACUCCCAUGUGCAACAGUUUGCAGCUCUGGUAAGAAGUAGCAUGGAGUCGCUACAGCACAUUGAUCAUCUGGGAGUCCAUCUGAAAGUGCCCCUGAAGGUGGCAGUCUCCAGUGGCAAGUCUUGGGGGUCCAUGUCUGAGCUUGACGUCCCUCCAAUGUUUCCCUCUCUUUGAGCGCGUCGCCUCCCUCCCUUCACCUCCUCGACGGCGACGCCUCUCUGUUGAAUCUGCUUCUUCUCCCCUUCGAUGAGCUCCUUUCUUCCCCUCAUAGUCUCCUCUUCAUCUGUACCCCUUCACUUGUUCUGCAUCCUCAUCACUAUGGAAACCAACCAGCUGAAGCUCCCACUUACUUUUUCUCCAUCCGUAUCCGGGGGCAACGGCAGGAGCCUCAGACUGGAUCGCACCAGUUUGGUGUUUUUUUUUCUUGCUCUCUCUCUCUCUCCAUCCUCCAGAAAAAGAUUCCUUGUCCUCUUCCUCUCCUCCUCCUCCUCUCCUCCUCCUCAUCUCCUCCUCCGUUUUCUCACUAUUUUCUUAGAUGUUUUUCUGGUCGUUGCCAAGGUGAACACUUCAUGUUCAAGAGAGGGCGUGAUAUUUAUCGGUUCAUAAAAUUGUUUCAUGUUUUUUUUUUAAAGAAAGAAGUAGUUAACCUCUUUAUCUCUCAGUGGUGUUUUAUAGAAAAGACUUCCUUGUAUUUGUUGUUCUUUUGCCUUUUUUGUGUGUGUGUUUAAUAAACCUCACAUGUUCCUGUAA